UUAGAGUAUAAUGAAUGAUAUUGAAGUAUAAACCAUAUAACCAUGUAAUUUAACUAAAAUUAUCGCGAAGAGUGAGCUAUUACUAACAGAUGAACAAAAUACUAUUUACAAUCGGAUAAGGCUAAUUGCCUAGUUUCAGCACUAUUGUACACGGAAAAAAAUAAUUAAUUGGCAGUAUUUUCCCAGACAAACAAAAUAUAUGAUUUGCUUAAAUCAAAACUGGCUGUGUAAUCGGGCUAUAUUGACAGCAAAAAAUGUCGAAAUUAAUUCCGUGUUCCUUGGCACCCAAAGAAGGUCGGUAUUGCAGAUGGGUGGAAUCGGACUAUUUCCAUGCCCACAAAACGCCAUUAAUCGCAAGCAUAUAAAGGGCCAUAAUUAAGCUCCACAAUAAGGUAUAAUGUACAUAAUGUAUUAGUACAACGAAUUUAUGAACGAGGUGAAUAUGGAUGAUGGACGUGGCACCGCCUACAUUUUAAUGAAACCCCAUAUCUCGAGUGCUACUCGACCGGUUUCAUCCGAAUUCGACGAUGCAGUAAAUUUUGAGAACUUCGAUUUAUAUACCCAAAUUUUGUUUAGUCCAAAUAACCGUAAUCCAAAUGGCUGCCCAAUUAAAGGCACAUUUUUUGUUUCACAUCAGUAUACAAAUUAUCAAUUUGUGCAGAAACUAUGGAACGACGGCCACGAAAUUUCUGUACACUCUGUAACACAUCGCGGUCCGGAGAUAUGGUGGUCAAAAAAUGCCACUAUUGAAGACUGGUUCGAUGAAAUGGUUGGUCAAGCAAACAUUCUAAAUCGUUUUGCGAAUAUACGAAUGGAAGAUAUUCGAGGGAUGCGUGUACCAUUUCUUCGUAUUGGUUGGAAUAGACAAUUUUUAAUGAUGAAAGAGUUUGGUUUUGUAUACGAUGCUUCGAUGGUGGCCCCAUUUAGUAAUCCCCCACUUUGGCCAUAUACGCUGGACUUUAAAAUGCCUCACACUUGCACAGGUCAGAAUUGCCCGUCUAGAAGCUAUCCAGGCAUUUGGGAGAUUGUGAUAAAUCAGUUAGAAGUAGGCGAUUUCACAUGUGGUAUGAUAGAUAGCUGCCCAUCUCAACUGAAUGGCGACGAUGUGUAUCGCAUGCUAAGCCACAACUUUAAACGACAUUAUUUGUCGAAUCGUGCUCCAUUCGGAUUAUAUUUCCACGCCACAUGGUUCAAUAAUAAUAAUUACUUGGAGGCAUUUCUGCGUUUUAUGGAUGACCUGCAAAAACUUUCAGAUGUAUAUUUUGUAACACAACAGCAAGUUAUACAAUGGAUGCGUCGACCAAAAAUUACUCCACACUUAAAUACAUUUGAUCCAUGGGGUUGUAAACCACGUCAGUGGGAAUCUCCGGAAGUAGCUUGCAGUAUCCCAAAUACUUGUAAACUACGAAGUCGGGUCUUGCAGCAAGAUAGAUAUUUAUAUACUUGUAACGAAUGCCCAACACAAUAUCCUUGGAUACGUAAUGAAUUUGGUUUAGAUUAGUAUUCUUUGCUAUUUUCUUUAGUAUAUUUUUAUAUUAUACAAAUAUUACUUUAUAUAUGAAAUUACUUUUAAGUUUCCUUAAAUUAGUUCUUUUUAAUAAUUCAUAUUUUAUUUAAAAAAACAUAAAAAAGAUUAAAUGUUGUAACAUAUGAAACUUAAGUUUUGAUAUGGAACUAUUAAUAAAUUUUAAUAAUUA